UAUACCGUGUGUCACUAGCUCUCCUCCCGGUGGUGUAGUAGUUUCAACUGGGAGGUCUUUACAUUGCAAACCAAUAAGCACGCGGCUCUAUGUUGGGAACAGAUUUUGAUUGGCUCCAAGCGAUAGAUUAUUGUCAUAUCGAUAGCCGAUUGGUCAGACGGGUUGUCCAAACGCUCGAGGACCGCCCAUUUUCCUCUUUUCAGUGGGGAAGACGUUUUUUUCUCCAGGCUAGAGGAGAAAAAAAGAACAAUCAAAAGAGAACAGCCACGGGACGGAGGGUUUUUAAGGAAAGGGGGACCUCAUCUGCUACGCCGGCAUUAAAAUCUUUAGGAAGGAACCAGGGCGGUCUCCACGGGCUCUUCUUUUACGGCUGAUCUCUGACUGAUGAGGAUGAUACUCUCCUGAAUCUUUGCGUUUGUGACCCCUUUCCCCGCUUCAUCCUCCGCACUGUCUUUAUCCACAUCACCUCCUGCAUCAUGAACCACACCCCCAGCCCCCACCUGUCCGAAGGCGGUAAGUCGGCCGGAGGUGGCCUGCUGUGUAGCCUGGGUCUGGGGCCUGACAGAGGGAUCCGCUCUCCAGACAGCCUCACCCAUACCCCCAGCCCCACUGGAGGAACCCCCAGUUCCAGCCCCCCGCUGCUGCUGUCGCCUGGGCUGGGAGGCCUUGGGCUCGGAUCCUUGGGGGCAAUGGGCGAGGGAGGCGGGCCUGACUGGGAGAGUAGGGAGGAGCUGAGGCUCAGGGAGCUGGAGGAGGCUCGGGCCAGAGCAGCCCAAAUGGAGAAGACCAUGAGGUGGUGGUCAGACUGCACUGCCAACUGGAGAGAGAAGUGGAGCAAGGUUCGUGCAGAGCGCAACCGUGCACGUGAUGAGGUUCGUCAGCUGAGGCAGCGACUGGAUACACUCACCAAGGAGUUGACUAGUGUUCGGCGGGAGCGGCAAGAACUGGCCUCAGAGAAUGAAACGUUACGGCAGGAGACAUUCCGCGGCGACCACACAGCUCCUCUUCCGUCCGCAUCUUCUCCGUCUUCCUCCCCUGCACACCCUCAUGGUGCUUCCUCCUCCUCCUCCUCUUCAUCUAUCCCUCCCUCUUCCCCAGCCUCAUCCUCCUCCUCUCAGGUGCACACUGAGGGAAAGCUAGACAGGGUUGGCGAGGGACCACCAGGGUCGCCAGAGUCAGAACCUGUGAGGGACGUGGAAUUGGAUAGACAAAGGGUGGGUCAACAAAAGGACUUGGAGGUGAUGGAGUCAGUCCUUCGUUCCAGAGCCCCAGAAGGCGACACAGAGGAAUGGGAAGGUCGUGGUGGCAGCGGUGCUGUUAACCUGGCCAACUCACGGUCAUCAUCAGGUCUGAGCCGGCAGGAGCGUAGCAGACAACUGUGGGAGGAUAUUAGCACGGUGGAGGAAGACACCAGAAAACUCAAUGCCCUGCAGCUUCGUCUGGAUGAGUCCCAGAAGGUCUUGCUGAAAGAGAGAGAAGACAAGCUUGCACUGAGUAAGAGCAUUGAGAGACUGGAGACUGAACUCAGUCAGUGGAAACUUAAAUAUGAGGAGCUCAACAAGAGCAAACAAGAGGCCCUCAAACAGCUGAACCUGCUGAAAGAAAUGCACCAGGAUGAACUCGGCCGCAUAUCUGAAGACUUGGAGGAUGAACUUGGAGCCCGAACCAGUAUGGACAAGAAGCUAGCUGAACUACGAGCAGAGAUGGAGAGGCUACAGGUAGAAAAUGCUGCAGAGUGGGGGCGCAGGGAGCGCUUGGAGACGGAGAAACUCGCUCUUGAACGGGACAAUAAGAAGCUAAGGGCUCAGGUUGAGGACCUGGAGGAACAACUGGCCAAGAAACGCCGGCAGGCCGCCUCUGCACUCGACACUGACCUCAAGGCCAUUCAGAGUGAGCUGUUUGAGAGAAAUAAGGAGCUGGCCGACCUUCGUCAUGUUCACUCCAAACUAAAGAAACAAUUCCAAGAGAAGACAGCAGAGCUUGCCCACGCCAACCGGAGGGUGGAGAGCCAUGAGGCCGAAGUCAAAAAGUUACGACUAAGGGUAGAAGAACUUAAGAAAGAGUUGGGACAGGCUGAAGAUGAGUUGGACGAGUCUCAUAACCAGACAAGGAAGCUGCAGCGGUCUCUGGAUGAACAGGUGGAGCAGACGGAGAACCUGCAGGUUCAAUUGGAACACUUACAGUCAAGGCUGCGUCGGCAGCAGCAGAAUCCUGGUCUGUUCGGGAAGAUGCGAACUGCUCGGUUCAGUCCUGAAAAUCCAGACGGCCCAGCCAGUGAUAUGGACGAGGAGGAUGAAGAACUGCAGCUCCAGAUCCCAUGACACACACACGCACAGCGUGAUACAGGAUAUACUUGUAAACAAUUAUCAUCAGUCACAUAAUGAAGGUGAAUAUUGUUGCUCUUUGAGGGAAAUUUUGGAUCUACAGUAAUGGCAGUGCUGUUUUCUCCUCAACGGCAAGUUUUAAUUGGUCCCCUUUUUGAGGAGACAUAAAGAAAUCACGUGAUUGUUCAUUAACAUGUAGGAGGUGAUGUGACAAAGGCUACACCAGCAGUAUGAUAAGCACACAUCUAAGCCUUAUGCCGAACUCAUGCACACACAUUCAAAGAGAAAGAGAGUCAAACAUGCUUGGGUAUACUUUGAUAAAGAGAGACACAGCAACAUGAUCAACCCAAGCACGUGUGCAACAGACAUGAUCAGGACAUCCAGACAGUCUAAUGCUGAAUGAAAGGAUCCUUACUUCAACUAUUUUCAAGAAGAGGCUGACAGGUGACACCCUUUUCAAAGUACUCACCAAUUCUUACCUCAUAUCAUCACGAGCAUUACAGAUGUCCCAUUUAAACUGUGCUACUGUAUUCAAACAGGCCCCAGCCCGACAUCUGCAUCACCAGUAUUAAUACUUUGUUCAUGGCUGUGAGGAAAAAGCGUGUUCCCUUUGAGCUUAAAAGCGUUUCUGACAUGUCACUAAAAAUGGCCUGUCAAAAGUAUUUUUUCCCUAAUAUCAAAGUUCCAAAGUCUUUUUCUUAUGUAUUUAAAAGUCACAACCAGUGCUGGGAGCACACUACACAACUUUUAGCUUCAUUAUAGUUGCAAGAUGGAUUAAAUUACAACCAUAUUAUAUGUGGUGCAGGAGCUUCCUGUCUUCAUCGGUUUUCUGUUUGCCACUGCCCAAUCAGUCUAUGCUCAAACUGAGUCAGUUCCACUAUGCCCAGUAGCAAAUAUGGUUAAUAUUUGCUACUGGGGCUGCAUUUUGGGUCAAUAGCAUAAUGACUGUGUUUAGAUGCAUGCUAAAAUUGUGGAAUGAAGGAAGAGUACAAAAGAGCCAAGAGUUCUGCACCUGUACCUGGUCCUUACCCGGGCCGAACAUGCCUGGUACUGCUGAACUUGAGACCUGAACCAAUCCAAUGUGGCUUUUCACACAUCAUAGACUAACACAGAAUAUAGCACAGUGACCCAAAGCACCAAUCAUAUAAAACUUCUCCUAGCUCUCCUAACAGUAGAGGUGUAUUCACAAAUUGUGUGGCACUUAUACUCUCAUGUACAUGUAUUAGACAUUAUCAUUUCAUGAUGUAAUGUGUUCUCAGCAAUGCUGGAGUUGCUCCAUGACAAUAAAAAAAUGUCACAAUAAAUUUUAUGUGGUACAGUGCAUCCAGAAAGUAUUCACACCGCUUCUCUUUUUGCACAUUUUGUUGCGUUACAGUCCCAUUUC